AAACAUCAAGUUAUUUUAUUUGAUUCAAGAAGACAGAUGUCGAUUAUACCGCAAGGAAAUAUAGUAAUUUUUGUGAUGGCUGACAGUUGGCAAAAAACUUUAAUAAGAAAAUGUCACAUUUAGAAAAGCAUUGACGUCGUCAAAUAAAAUCAAAAUUUGUUAAUAGCUCAAUUUAAUAUAUCGUUAUUGUGCGAGUGCUUGUGUUAAGUGUUGGUGCCCCCAUAUUCGUUAAUUCUUUACUACAUGUGGUCGGUCAUGCGGUGUGGUCUAUAAUCUAAUAAAUAAAUUAGCAAACACAUAAAAUAUACGAGUGUUGGAUGGAAAAAGUUAUACAAUUUUCUAAAAAUGGUGUAGUUGGGCCCGCUUCAAUUUGACGUGGAAUAACAACUAACAUCGGCACCGUUUUCUAUGACAAAAAGAAAAAUUCUAUCUACGUAACGUAAUAACCUCAAAAGCUGCUCAGAAAAACCAAAGCGGAGAUUAAUCACAACACUUUAUAUUAAUAUAACCUAAGAUCGUGUUCGAAUGCGAUUCGAAUAUGACGGCAACAACGGAAAAUAGUAAAAAAGAAUCGCAGGAAAUGGCUACCAAAGAGAACGCUAACAGGAAUGGCCCAACCAAGGAGACACCAAUAGAAAGUCCUCAAAAAAGCCUAAAACUCCAAAAAGUGAGCAACGGUCAGUUGGAGAAGCGUGUCUACAAAAUCGUUCUCACUGGAGGUCCAUGUGGUGGUAAAACAACUGGUCAAUCCCGCCUGUGUACAUUUUUUGAAAAUCUCGGUUGGAAGGUGUUCAGAGUACCUGAAACUGCUACUGUCCUACUCAGUGGUGGUGUCAAGUUUUCCGAUCUCACUGAAAAAGAAGCACCUCCAACACCAACAACGUUUACGUACAAAAAUCUUCCCUUUGCCGCACCGGAGCACAGUCUUAUAGAUUUGACGGCAUCAUGUCCGCGAUGUUUGGCGAACGCUGCUUCAAAACCAAAUGGCAGCGAAGCAUAUAAAUUUCAAGAAAACUUGAUACGAACAAUGAUACAGAUUGAAAACACAUACUUUGAAUUGGGUAAAUCAAGUACCCGGAAUUGUUUGAUUAUAUGUGAUCGCGGCGUGAUGGAUGCAAGUGCAUAUAUUUCCAAAGAUAAGUGGGAAAAAAUGAUGGCAUCGAACAAUUGGAAUCCUAUUGAAAUGCGAGACAAUCGUUACAAUCAAAUAUUGCACUUGGUUUCGGCUGCUAAUGGAGCAGAAGAGUUUUACACCACCGAAAAAAUGAAAAAACUAUUCAAGGAACACGCUUGUCGUUCAGAAGGCGUUGAAUUAGCUCGUGAACUUGAUUAUAAAUCUGCUGCAGCGUGGGUUGGUCAUCCAUAUUUUGAUGUUAUUGAUAACUCAACAAAUUUCGAGACCAAAAUGAAUCGAAUGAUAGAAAGUGUUUGUCAAAAGCUGGGUAUCGAUAUUGGUGAUCGGUUACAAGCCACUUCAAGAAAACUUAAAUAUUUGGUUGCCACGUUACCUCCGGAUUCGGAAUUUCCGCCAUUCCAAGAUUUCAACGUCGAACACCACUAUUUACAGUCUUCUGGUCCUAAAGUGCAGGCUAGACUACGUAAACGCGGGCAGAACAAUCACUGGAGUUAUAUACACACAAUCCGUCGGCCAAAUGUGCACGGCCAAUCGCGCAUUGAGGUAAAAACGCAAUUGACUCAGCGUGAUUAUAUCAACUUAUUGGCCCAGCGCGAUGACGCUCACUUCACAAUUUAUAAGAAGCGCCGCUGCUUCUUGGUCAAUAAUCAAUAUUUCCAAUUGGACAUAUACAAAGAACCCAGUCAUCCAAGGUGCAAGGGCUUGAUCCUUUUGGAAACGUAUUCUUCUCUGUCUGGCGAGGCUCUACUAAAUUGCCUGCCAAAAUUUUUAAACAUAGUCAAGGAAGUUACCGGCGAUCCGGACUACUCUAUGUUUAAUUUAUCAUUAAAGGAGGAUUGGAGUAUCACGAAAAAGUUUUGCCAUUCUUUACAUGAGGACGUUUCCGGUUACAAAUCAAAGCAGCCUAGCGGAGUUUCGAAUAAACAAUUGGUUCUUAACGGUCAUGCCAAGGGUUAGUUUAAUGUUACACUUAUGGUUUAUCUCUAAAAUAUGAACGCAGUUUGCGAUGGAAAUGAAACUUAUUAGAUCAAUUUAGGCUUAAAUAUUUUUAACAUUAAGGAGGCUCAAACUGUGUACUUAAACUAUCUAUAAACUUUGUCAAUAUAAGGCUUUUAUACUAACCGACCAUUCAAUGAGUAACACACUUAUAAAUCAUGUUUUGGCCUCUCUAUUUUUGUUAGAACUUUUUUUAAAUAUUCUACCCUAAAACGAUUGACAGACUAGAUAUAUAUUUUUAGAUUUUUGAACGAAAUUAUGUCUGUCUGGCCCAUCUGGUUUAAUUUUAUAAUUUCCAAGAAAUACCUAGUUUUUUUAUUGUACUUAAAUGAAUAGAUUCUGUUAUUAUUAAAUGAGUUGUGCAGCGCCUUAGCCAUUUGAAGUGGUCUAUUAAAAAUUGAAAAAAUCACCAUUAAAUUAUGUUUAAAAUCUAAAUUUAUUGAUUACUUAAAAGAACGAAAAAUACAUUUUUAAUUUAUGAGUCUUGUAUUUUAGAGUAUAUAUGACUUUACCUCGUAAUAAAAAAAAUCAAAUUAAAAAAUGAAUAA